AGCGUAACUCCCAACAUGGCGGCCAGCCGUCAGGUGCGCCUGUAAGUCACGCCCUCGGGACACGCGGACAUGGAUGGUUGCUAAACUAUAGCCUCGUUGGUGGAGCUCGCUAGCACCAGAGGUUGUAUAAAACCAACAUGAGGGUGACCCGCGCCAAGCAGGCCCUACUGCGUGUCAGCGUCCUCACCUGUUUCAUCUACCUGUUGUGUUGCACGUGCACCGGAGCGUCGGCAGGGCGGGAAACGGCCUCCCACCAGCCGAGGCGCAGCCGGCGGAGCCACCAGAGCGCCAAGCACCGAGGAGGCGCGCACCACCGGCCGCUCAGCGACGAGCAGAAAGCGGACCAGAACCUGCAGUUCAUGCUCAGUUUGUACAAAAGCGCGGCGGAGCCGGACGGCAGACCCAAACAGCACCGGAAGUUCGGUUCCAACACGGUGCGCCUGCUGAGACCCGUGGCGUCUUCUGUGCAUUAUCUGCCCACUUCUGCAGACCUCGUCUACACCUUCACAGUUCAGUUCAAACUCGACACUCUUCCCUCAGAGCAGCUCGUCAGAGCCUCCUUCAUCCACCUGCGUUCCUCUCCCUCCGCCAAGGCGAGCGCCGCCCAGGCCGUGGAGCUGCCCCGCUGCCGGGCUCAGAUCACCUCGCUGGGCGCAAAGAGCCUGGUCACCGUGGAGCCCGACGAGCAGUGGACCGAGACGGACAUCACGGCACACGUCAGCGCUCACAUCCUGCAGGGGAGGGACCAGAACGAAGAGGGCCACCUGACCCUCACGGUCCAGUACUGGUGUGCGAAACCUGGGCCCGCCGACGAGGACGGCAGCCCCUCGUGGUGGUGGACUCCCCUGUGGGGGAGAAGACAGUGGAGCAGUGAGUCUCACUUCGACACCCCMUCCCUCCUCCUGUAUUUGGAGGAGGAGAGGGAGGUGAAUGAGUGGAUGGGGGACUUGCUCGGGGCUGACGAGGGAAACAUCAUAAAGCUGGUUGGCUGGUGGCACCCUUCGAAUCACCGCCUUCGCCGCAGUUCCAAAGAUGACCCGCCUUCGGAACCUAAAGACCUAUUGUUGGACACUCUGAAAAACGCCCCGACCUCCUCCUCGUCUUUCUCCACCUCUCCGUCGUCCUCCAUCGUCUCCGACAUCCCCAACAUCCCCAACUACAAACACAAGACUGGCGUCCCCAAGAACCGCUGCAAGCUCCACUCCUUCCGCCUGUCAUUCGACGAGCUCGGCUGGGGUCAUUACUUCAUCGCCCCUCCGGUCUACAACCCUCGAUACUGCCAGGGCGACUGCCCGCGGGUGCUCCACUACGGCUACCACUCCCCCAACCAYGCCAUCAUCCAGACGGUCAUCAACGAGCUGGGCGUCGGCGACGUCCCUCCCCCGUCCUGCGUGCCGUACAAAUACAUGCCCAUGAGYGUGUUGGUGGUGCACAAGAAGAAGGUGGAGUACAGGGAGCUGGAGGACAUGGUCGCCGAGUCCUGCACGUGUCGUUAAAGACUCGAGGUGGGCCUGAUGGACUCGGAACAUGCUUAGCAUUGAUAAGAGACUGGUCCAUGCAGAUGUGACCGGUCAUGUUUUUGAUUCGAGCUAAGCAUGAUGAGCUUCAGGCUGGAAGGUGAUGUGGUUUCAGAUCUGCCAAAGUUGCUUCAGAUCCAGUUUCUGUGUAUUAAUGGUUUUUGCAUGUUUUUUUAAAUCUGUUCUGUUUCACAUCAGGGCUGCAGUUAAACCAAAAAAAAAAAAAGACCUUGAUUUGUGCACAGAAUGAUCACUGGAUAUGUUGUCACUGUCUGAGGCCAUGUACCUCUAUAACAAAAAACAAAAGAAUUUUUAACGAACAAUGGGCCAAGAGAAAUGGGCCUGCUUUGGCUCUAAUGAAUUACUGAUUGCAAUGUUUUUUGCCGUUUACAGAUUGAACUUUUGCUGUUUAAAUGUAUUUAUGUGCAAAGUCUCCUUAAGCUAACUUCUGCUGUGACUGGUGUGUCCUAAAGGAAAAGCUCUGUUGGAUGUGACGGUGUUUAAAUGCUCAAACAGGUGUUGCGAUGAACAUUUUUUUAUUACAAGUGGAAAAUGAUUAAUAAAAUAAAUAGCAUGUUUUCUAAA